CUGCUCCGGCCGCCGAGCGUGCCCCUCGCCGCGCCCGCGCCUCCCGCCGCCUACUCCACGCCCGUCGAUACCCCCGCUCCUCUCUCGAACCUCGCGAGCCUCACGACGCCGCCGGUCUUCGGCGCUGACCUCUCGUGUGCCAACGGACUCGAUGCCGCGGCGCGGGACGCGUUGGCAAAGCCGACGAUAGGCGAUUUCGGCGAUGGGAAGGACGGAGGGAGCGAGUUACUAAAAUACUUGGAGGGGGGCGGGCUGCAGUGUCCGCUGUGUGGUGCGGCGCUGGCCUCGCUGGCGCAGGCUCGCCGGCACCUGGAGGCCCAUUACCCGCGAGACAGCCCCGUGUGCCCCGUGGCUGAGUGCGCGCGGUACUUCGCGCACCCCAACUCUGUCCGCAACCACAUGCGCAUCAAGCAUCGCCGACAGUGGGAGAAAAUGAAAACCCUCAAGUGGAGCUGCGGCUGGGCUAACUGA